AACGAUAAGCCUGUCUUCCCCAUCACAUCAUGAAAGGUCAUGUUGAUGUUCAUUUAACCUCUGUCUCUCUCUUCCUCUGACUCCUCCCUUUCUCCUUUGUUUCUCUCUAUCUCUCGGUCUCUUUCUCUCUCUUUCUCCUCUGUCUCUCUCUUUCUUUUCAGAUCUCCAGGCUCAAAGCGUCAGUCCACCAGAUCUCCAGGCUCAAAGCGUCAGUCCACCAGCUGAACUCUCAGCCAGACUGGAGGAUGGGACCACUUCCUGUUCUGGGACAAUGGAAGUCUUCUACAGAGGAGAGUGGUUCGGUCUAUGUACUGGGUGGUGGAGCAUAAUGAAAGAGGUUAAGGUUGUGUGUAGAGAGCUGGACUGUGGGAAUCCUGUAGCUGAAUCUAGAGGACCUCUGAUUGAAGAUGGAACAAGAGGAAUCAUACCAUAUGGUUGUAGUGGAGAUGAGUCUUCUAUUAGACAGUGUGACAUCAGAGGAGAACCUGGUUACUGUUUUGGUGGAUAUUAUCAUCAUGUGAUCUGUUCAGAGUCUGUGCGGCUUGUGGAUGGAGCUGGUCUCUGCUCUGGGAGAGUGGAGGUGAAGUCCAAUCAGUCCUGGGCCUCAGUGUGUGAAGCUGACUUUGACCGGCAGGAUGCAGAGGUAGUCUGUAGGGAUGUUGGCUGUGGGGCUCCUGCAGCUCUACAGGGGGGGCUCUAUGGAGGAGGUGGGGGUCAGACCUGGGAUAAAGAGUUCCAGUGUAAAGGUAAUGAGUCCAUUCUCCUGGACUGUGACACCUCAGACAGAGAGAACAACACCUGCCUACCUGGUAAUGCUGUUGGACUCACCUGUUCAGAGCCUGAUGAUGUGAGGCUGGUGGGAGGAGGCAGUCGCUGUGCUGGUGGAGUGGAGGGGUACGACCAGGGAGAGUGGAGGACUGUGGGAGCUUCAGACUGGAACCAGGGGGAUGUAGCUGCAGUUGUGUGUAGACAGCUGGGUUGUGGCUCCACUGUUUCAGUACUACUUGGAAACACCACUAGAGGGUUUAGAGUUAUCUGUUCUGGGUCUGAGUCUUCACUGAGGGAGUGUAGAAGAAUGUAUGAUCUCCAUCCUGGACUCACAGUGAUCUGCUCAGAUCUCCUGGUCCAGCCUGAUAUCUUCCUGACUGACCCAAUGGGAGGGGUUUUCAGGGGCCACCAGGGACCUGAGAUGUUCAGGGGCUACAACUUCACCAUCACCUGCUCCACUCAGCCACAGUACCCAGGAGGCUCCUUCCUCCUCACGUUCACCGGCUCCAACAGAACCCAGACCCAGCCAGCUGUCAAUCACUCUGCUGACUUCCUCUUCCCUGCUGCAGAUGACUCCCACCAAGGGAACUACAGCUGUGUUCAUGACAAUUAUGUUUUCUCUCAUAAUUUCUCCUCUGAGAGCGAGCUCCUCUCCCUCACCAUCACAGCCUCUCCUCUGCCAGCCUUCAUCAUCAGACACGUUGUAGUGCUGCUGAUCCUACUGACAGCCAUCACCACCUCCUACCUGUACUACAAGCCCACCAGGAGGCAGAAGAGAGUGAACAGGGUGAGCAGCAUGGAUCUUUAUGUCAAUGCCAAGGAGAUGGUCUCUCUGAGCUCCAGAGCUGAAGCUGGACCGGGAGAGGAGAGAGCAGCCCAGGGGACGGAGUAGGAAUAGAAUGAAGCUGACCCUACAUGCUGAUCUUAGGUCAGUUUUGUGUUUUAAAUCGAUGGUCAGCAGUGGACUGGUGUUUAAAAUGUGGUGACAAACCUGAAGUGGUUCUAAUUUUAAUAACAAGUUCAGAAUUAGUUUCUCUUUCUAGAGCCUUGGACGAAAUUUAAAAGUAGUGACUGCAACCACCAUUAUUCAUUCAGUUUGCUUUUUACCACCAGAGAAACAUGGGGUUUUGGGUAACAUGGGGUUUUGGGCAACAUGGGGUUUUGGGUAACAUGGGGUUUUGGGUAACAUGGGGUUUUGGGUAACAUGGAGAAAGUGAUGUUAUUGAUUAUAAAUGUUAGGAUAUUGGUUAUGAUGUUGCUCUCUAAACUGUCAUGUAAUCAACUGAAUGCUUUUAAUAAAAUUACAGGCUGUCA